AUGUCCAAUAAUUGGAGGUACAUCGUCGUGCGCGCGUGGAACUUUUGCCAGGAGCACGGCCAGGAAGAGUGCGGCAGAUGCGGCUGCGACUAUCGGCUGGAGAACAACCACACCUCUGAUCUGUAUGAGAUCCUCGAUGACCUCUUGCUCGACAGGGACUUCGACUUGGAUAAGCGCAUGUCCCGCCAUGCCUAUAACCGAGGGGCCAUCCCGGCGAACCCAGGGUCGACCGUGUACAAGUGCAGGACGCACAGCGCGAAGAACUGUUGGGUGUGCUUCGACUGGGUCGCUAUCGUUCGUCAGGAGGUAGCGUUGUUGAAACCCCCGAAAGGAGGCUAA